AUGGCAUCAUUCGGCACUCUGUACACUACGCCCAAGAACGCCCGGGCGCUCAAAAUCCUAGCCGCUGCAAACAUCAACGGCCUCGAAAUCACAAUCUCCCCCGACUUCAUCUACGGCGAGACCACCAAGGAGCCCGGCUUCCUCGCCAAGUUCCCCAUGGGUAAGGUCCCCGCACUGGAAACCCUAGACGGCUUCAGUCUCUCCGAGGCCUCCGCCAUCGCAUUCUUCGCCGCCUCCUCCGGCCCCAAGAGCCACCAGCUGCUAGGCUCAGACCCCAAAGAACGCGCGCUAAUCCAGCAGUGGGUUUUCUUCGCCGAGACAGAGGUCCUGCCAAACCUCAUCAGCAUCAUCACGCCCAUGCUGGGCCACAUUCCGUAUUCGGAACGGGCCGUCGGGGUCAAGACGGCGAACCUGGAGCGCGCGCUCCGUGUCGCGGAGCAGCAUCUGCAGCAGGGGAGAAAGUGGCUUGUUAACGAGAGCUGCUUGUCGCUUGCGGACCUGUCGCUUGCGUCGGCGCUGUAUUGGGGGUUUCAGUAUUUCAUUGAUGAUGAGAUGAGGAUGGCGUAUCCGGAGAUCACGGCUUGGUACUUGAGGCUGCUGGGGGAGGAGGGGGUUAGGGAGGCAUUUGGGGCGCCGGAGAUGGUGCAUGUGAGGGGACCGCCGUGUCCUGCGUGA